AUAGACGGUGAUUCGAAUAGAACUGACGGAUACUUUAAAUAAGUAUCACCAAACGAUCGCUCGUAAAACAGCAUUGUUAAUACCCGUACUGAGAUAAUUCGAUCUUUUAAGAGUUUCUUGAGAUUGCGUUCUUUACCUUUUCAAAAAAGAAAAAUAUGUACGACACGAGUUAAUACUUCACUGUUGCUAAGUUUACACGUGACAUUUUCUAGUGUAUCUUUUUAAGCGAAACUAAUUACAGUUACAUAAUAAUAAUUAAAAAGUGGACUUUUUCCCCCUUAAAAAUUGGAUUAAAGCUUAAAAUGGUAGAUGGUGGUAGCGUUUAAAGCUGUCUAGGAGAACAGAAACAACUGUUACCUUUAAGCAGACGUCGACAAGCAACGCGUGCAUACGCUUGUCACGUGGUGUGUGACGAUGGCACACGCUACCUCUCAACAAAUUUUAGUAAUUACAUUGACGGCCUUUGUGUGUGUGCAGAUAUCACAAGGGGCUCUUCCUGUGUUCGUAACUCCUGGGAGCGGGACAAGCAUUGAUAUAAAUGAAGACACCGCAACCGGAACUUCGAUUUACACAGUUGUAACAACUGAUGCUGAUAAUGGUACGAUAACAUACGCCAUACAGUCUCAGGCACCUGCCACACCUGUUAGAUUCGCUAUAGACAGCUCGACGGGGCAGAUAACCACGGCAGGAGAGUUUGAUUAUGAGACCGACGCGGCUCAAAGUUACACCUUAACAUUACAAGCCACCACUAACAGCGGCGGUGGUCUAUCAGACACAGAAACUAUGACGAUAAAUAUAUUGAAUGUAAAUGAUAAUACCCCGAAAUUUUCUCCUGAAAUUUAUUACGCCUCAAUAGCGGAAAAUACAGCUCAAGAUGUAUCGGUUGUCUUAGUGACUGUGACGGACGCUGAUUCUAGCGACACGGUCACCGUGAAUAUUCUAUCCGGAGACGAUACUUCAAAUAAAUUUGAUAUUGCCGCGGGGAACGGAAAGCUCAUAGAAACUUCAUCGAAUCCUAUCGAUUACGACACUCUUACGGCAUCUAACUAUUUGUACAAAUUGAUAGUAACAGCUACUGAUGGGACAAACAUUGGCACAGCGACGGUAUUUGUCUCGAUAUCAAAUGUAAAUGAGGAUGAUCCAGCAUGGGGAACGUUCUCACCGGCAUGGACAAGCGCCACAACAGCGCUAACUUAUGCUGAAAACAUGGGCAUAGGCACAACCAUCGUUACCAUAACGGCUACAGAUGGUGAUGCCGGUAGUGACGGCCAGAUCUUGUACUCACUGGGCACAGUGACAUCCAGCGCCUCAACAACAGAAACUGGUUUGUUUCAUCUUGACCAAGUUACAGGCAUUUUGACGACAACAAGUAACAGUUUCGACCGCGAUACCGCAACAAUGGGUGUUGAAUAUUAUGACGUCAUUGUUAAAGCUAUCGACCAAGGAACACCUGCUCGUUCUGUUGAGAGGACUGUGAGAGUGGGACUAACUGACGUCAAUGACAAUACGCCAACAUUUGCUCAAAAUAUCUACUCUGUUUCAAAAGUUGAAUCAACCGCUGCAGCAACUAGUCUCUUAACAUUGGCGGCGACAGAUAAUGACGAAACAGCAGCUACUCUGACGUAUAGUAUAGAAACGUCAAGUACACCUUCUUCUUACAGUACUUAUUUCGGACUGGAUACAACAACACCUAACCAACUAAACUUAAAAGCUGUCGUUGACCUGGAUACUGGCGCAGAUUCUACAUAUAACCUGAUCGUGAAAGUAUCUGAUGGAGCUCUCUCCAGUACUUGUCAGGUCACUGUAACCAUAACAACAGAGAACGAGCAUGAUCCUACUUUUGCGUCUGAUGUAACGCAAAAUAUUGAUGAAAAUAGAGCUGUAGGCACAACCGUAGCUACAAUAGUAGCUUCUGAUUCCGACACUGGCAGUGAUGGGGAUCUUACUUAUGCAAUCACAGGUGGAAACACAGGCAACAAAUUCACAAUUAACCCAACAAACGGCGAGAUAACAAUAUCUCAAAGGUUGGAUUUUGAAGACACCCCGCAGUAUAUUUUGACUGUCACGGGAACCGAUGGUGGUUCAGUGGCACGAAGCGCUUCAGCGUCCGUGACGGUUAACGUUAAUGACGUCAGUGACGAGAAACCUACAUGCACAACUAAUUUACUUUCUGUGACAGUAGAUGAGCCAGGGUCAGUUAACGAUAACGUUGUGGCGUUAACAUGCUCGGAUCGCGACGCCGUCGAUACACCCACGUUUGGCUUUGGAGCUACAAAUGCUGCGGGAAAGUUUGCUAUCAGUGCUGCCGGCCAGAUUACUCUUGCCGCUACAUUGGAUUACGACGGUGGGACCACGAGUUAUGCUUUAGUUGUUGAGUAUUCGGACGGAACGAAUACAGUUGAAGUUCCCGUCGACGUUACAGUUGGAGCAGUAAAUGAAAACACACCUACUUUUGGUGCCAACGUUGACGUUACAUUCGCGGAGGACACGGCAGUCGGGACUAAUUUAGCAACACACGUAGCUUCUGACGCAGACGCAUCCCCACAUAAUAUCCAAGCCUAUGCCAUUACUUCAGUUACUAAUAGCGGAACAAGUUUAUUUAGUAUUGACUCGACAUCCGGACAGAUCAAAUUAGCCAAAGCAUUAGAUUACGAUGGAGGAGUUAACAGUUACGUUAUCCAGGUAACGGCCACUGACGGAGGAACUCCACAGCUUAUUGGAUCGGGAACGGUCACUGUUCAAGUCUCUAAUGUAAAUGACGUCACACCGUCAUGCAGUCCAGCUGCCCACGUGAUCUCUGUUACAGAAGAUACAAAUACCGGCGUGGACGUCAUAACGAAUUUUGGAUGUACAGAUGCUGAUAGUGCAAGUCUAACAUAUUCAAUUACAAGUCAAAGUCCCUCAAAUAAUUUUGUGAUAGAUACUAGUGGUGCCACACCUACGUUGCGGUUAAACAGUGCUCUUGAUUACGAAACAAGCAAUGCUUUUGAAAUCGAAGUCACUGUUUCGGAUGGAGCGCUGUCCACGGUUGUCUAUAUUGAUAUUGCCGUGACUGACGUCAAUGACGGCGGACCGUCGUUUAGUUCUGCAACGUUUACAGAAUCUAUCGCAGAAUCAGCCUCCGUGGGCGCUUCUGUGGCAACGCAUGCUGCAACCGACCCUGACUCUUCAUCUAGCACAUACGGACGUUUGACGUAUUCUAUCCUCAGCGGAAACACUGACAGGAAGUUUAAUAUUAACCCAAGCACUGGAAAAAUUUCAGUAGCUGGUGUACUUAAUGCUGAUACGACAUCAAGUUAUUCUUUAGUUAUUCAGGCAAUCGAAGAAUCAGCGGAUAACUCUGCAACAGCCACGGUUAAUAUAAUGGUUACCGGUGUGAAUGAUAAUAGUCCUACAUGUACGUCAGAUCUUGCUUUCAGUGUAACAAAAGCUGAAGAAGGUACAAUUGGCGACACUUUAUUUAGUCUUGUUUGUACCGACGCCGACGGAGAUUCCUUGACGUAUACUAUGACCACAGGUGACACUACCUACUUUGAAAUGACCGGAGCUGAUUUAAAGUUGAAAGCCACAGUUGACUACGACACUCUAGUAGACCCACAGUUUGAUUUCGAAAUAGAUGUUUCUGAUGGAACUAAUGUGUUAACAGUAACCGGGAGUGUGCUAGUAACAGCUGUAAAUGAAGAUCCACCUGCCUUUAGCCAGACAACAUAUACGGUCUCAAAAUCUGAGAGCACAGGUCCUGGAAAUCUGUUAGCAACGGUUUCCGCACCAGAUCCCGACAAAGGCGACACUGUGGAAUAUUCAUGGGUGGGAACACCGCCUACAGGUUUUACCCUCGACCAACUGUCUGGUCAGAUACUUUUAGCAGGGACAUUGGACAGGGAGACAACCCCAUCUUACUCUCUUCUUGUACAAGCCACUGAUACAACAAACAGUGUUACAGCCACAGUUUCAAUUGCUGUUACCGAUGAAAACGAUAACGCUCCAGUUUUCAGUCCGAAUUCAUACAGUGCUAAUGUGCCAGAGACGUCUGCAGCGGGUGUUACCGUAGCAACUAUGACAGCAUCUGACGCUGAUGAUCCGGCAACUAACAACUAUGGAACGAUCACAUAUAGUAUCACAGCUGGUAACACUGGCAGUCGAUUCUCUAUUGACACAUCAAGUGGUGAAAUAACUACUGCGGUGGUACUUGAUUACGAAACUGAAACAUCUUAUACUCUCUAUGUAAAAGCGACUGACAGUAAUGGCGCAGCAGGUGCCAUGUCCAGUACCGCUGUUGUAACAGUCACCGUAACUCCAGACAACGAAAACGAUCCAACUUUUGGGGCAGGCUCGUAUCCCCACACGGUUGCUGAGAAUCUUGCAGUUGGCACAAGAUUAUUGCAAGUUGUGGCAAGCGAUUCCGAUGCCGGAAAUGAUGGUGAAGUUUUCUUUAGUAUGAAUACCAAUGCCAAUUUCUACCUUGAUGCGGAUACCGGGGAAAUAUUUCUUAAAGCAACUUUAGACUACGAAACAGCACAAUCACACACCUUUGAUGUUGUGGCACAUGACAGAGGUACAUCUCCAAGAAGUUCCACAGUUGGUGUGACUAUCACAGUGACAGAUUUUAAUGAUGAAACACCGUCGUGUACUCCAGCCCUACAAACUGUAUCAUUUGCUGAAAAUACUGUGGCGGGAACAACUAUUUCAACUUUAACAUGCACCGACGACGAUGACAGUUCACCAAACAAUCUCUUGUCAUACACAAUUGUUUCUGUUAAUGGGGGUGUAUCCCCUACACCGUUCGCUGUAAGUACGGCUGGGAUCAUAUCAUUAGACAAUGGCCAGAAUUUUGACUUUGAAACAACAACAUCGUACAGCAUUCUGGUACGUAUUUCUGACGGUGGUACCGCGUCUCUUUCUUCGACAGCUACUGUGAAAGUUGAUAUCACUGAUUACAAUGAAAACAGUCCAGUAUUUGGUUCUGCUAGCUACUCUUUUUCUUUGUCCGAGACAACGGCCGUUGCUGUUUCUGUAUUUACCAUUGCAGCAACCGAUGGUGACACAUCGCAAUCUGUGACCUACAGAUUUGAUCCUUCUAAUACAAAUUUUGAAAUUGAUUCUAACACCGGAGAUAUUUUGUUAACGUCAAAACUUGAUUUUGAUACAUUAGGAACAAAUCCUUUUGAUCUUGUUGCUGUUGCUACUGACGAUGGAACAAGCCCUAGUGUCUUAUCUACAACGGUGACUAUUGCUGUUACAGUACUUGAUAGUAAUGAUGUGACUCCAAUUUUCAGUCCUGCUAUUUAUGCUGCUAGUAUAUCAGAGAAUGAUAACAUUGGUGUAACUGUUACAACAGUAGCUGCUACAGAUGCAGAUGAUUCAAGUGUGACAUACAGUUUAGUCAAUACUUUCUCAAUAUUCCAAAUUGAUUCCAGCGGAGUCAUUACAAUACAAAACAAUGUACAGGACUAUGAAAGUACGAAAAGUUAUACUCUUGUUGUCCAUGCUGUUGAUGCAGCAGCAAAUACGGGCUCUACAACAGUUCACGUUGAAAUAACUGGAUACAACGAAAAUAAUCCAAUAUUUGCACCAGCAAGUGCUGUUGUAAACUUAAAUGAAAAUGCGGCCACAGGUGAUACUGUUAUUGACGUAGAUGCUACAGAUGCUGAUGACGGAGUUGAUGGUAGUUUAACUUAUUCUAUUUCCACCGUACCAACUGGGUUUGAAGGCAUACUGGCAAUCGAUCCUACAACUGGCAUAGUAACAGUUGCUGGUGAUAUAGACCGAGAAUCAUUAACAAACCCGCUGUCAUUUACAAUGCAAGCAAUAGACGCCGGUUCUUCACCAGGGCCUUUAACUGGGACGUUUUCUUUAACACUGACAAUUGAUGACGUAAAUGACAACACGCCAGAAUGUUCGCUAUCUUUAUAUAGCGCAAGUAUAGCUGAAGAUGCUGCUGCUAGCACAAGUGUUUCAACAAUAGCCUGCACAGAUAAUGAUGCUGAUUCCCCAAAUAAUGUUGUUACGUAUUCCAUUGUUGGCGGAGACGAUGGUAAUUUCGUUAUUGAUGGAACAACUGGAGUGGUAACAUUAGUAGCAACUACACCAACGAUUGACAGGGAAGUCACGCCUACAUACCAGAUACUUGUCGAAGCUGCAGAUGGAGGCACUCCCAGUUUGUCAACAACUACGACCUUAACUAUUACCUUGACCGAUGUCAAUGACAAUGAUCCAGUGUUUUCAACUGCGGAUACCACAGUUAGUAUAGACGAGGAUGAUAAUGUAGGUACAAUAGUUACCACUGUGAUUGCAACUGAUCAAGACAGUGGAAAUGCCGGCUCAUUCACCUACAGUAUUUUCAGUGGAAACGUAGAUUCAAAUUUGGCUGUUGAUAGUAACACGGGUGAUGUUAAAUUGGUAGGUGUGCUUGACUUUGAAACCACACCACAAUAUAUUCUUACAAUUCAUGCAAUUGAUAAGUUAGCGACUGUAAGGACGGGUUCGGCCACCUUAACUAUCAACGUUAAUGACGUCAACGAUAAUGCACCAACGUGUACACCGGCAGUACAGACGUUCGAAGUGCAAGAGAAUACAGCUAGUUCAGUAAAUAUUGGAACAAUUUCAUGCGCUGACACAGAUUCCGGAGUAAACGAUGAUAUCUCUUACGUUAUUUCAACGGUAGAUGCUGUUGCUACGGCAACGCCAUUUCAGAUUGACAGUUCUACAGGAGCAUUUGAUUUAGCAACAGCAUCAAUUCUCGACUUUGAAAGUGAUCAACAUUUAAUAGUAAUUAUUCAUGCAAUCGAUGGUGGUACUCUCGCAUUGACAGGAACAGCAACUGUGAAUAUAAUUGUAACUGAUUUUAAUGAGAACACGCCAAGUUUUACAGGGUUGCCAUAUUCACAAACUGUCGCUGAAACAGCGAGCAUCGGUGAUUCUGUCUUUCAAGUCGCUGCGACAGAUUUAGAUACGGCAAAUACUUUAACAUUUUCGCUUAGCCCGGCUCAUACUGUUUUUGACAUUAACCCAAUAACAGGGGUACUUUCGUUGAUCGACACAGUAGAUUAUGAAACAACACCAACUUAUGAAGUAACAGUACUUGCAGCUGAUGAUGGUGCCACACCAAAAAUAGCAACGGCUACUGUUACUAUAACUGUGACAGAUGCAAAUGAUGGUGUACCUGUUUUUAACCCCGCUGUUUAUACUUCAACAUUGCCAGAAAAUAGUAAUGUUGGAACUACUGUAACUACUGUCACUGCAACGGAUUCAGAUAGUUCUCCAUUAACAUAUACUAUCGCAUCGGGAAAUGCUGAUGCUGUUUUCAGAGUCGAGACGUCGGGGGUUAUUGUAGUAGACAAUAUUGCUAACCUUGAUUAUGAUUCCUCAGUAAAAGCCUACACAUUAGUGGUAACUGCUGAUGAUGGAACAAACACAGGUACAACAACUGUUGCGGUUGCUGUAACAAACUAUAAUGAUAACGCGCCAAGCUAUGGAGCAACCACAAGUUCCACAUCAACACUAACGGAAGACACGGUGUCGGAUACAGCAGUAGUCACUGUUGCGGCUACUGAUGCAGAUCAUGGUCAUGACGGGGAUGUCACGUAUUCAAUUACGUCAGGAAAUACUGACGGUCUAUUUGCCGUUAAUCCGUCUACUGGAGACGUGACUCUAGUAGGUGCACUUGAUAGAGAAACCACUCAAACAUAUACCCUUACAAUAAAAGCUACCGAUGGUGGAACAAAUCCAAGCGCUAGAACAGCAGAUUAUACAUUGACAGUUCAAGUAAACGAUGUUAACGACGUAACACCAAUAUGUACAAGUUCUUUAUAUGGUGCUAGUAUUGCAGAAAAUGUCGCCACUGGAACAUCUGUUUUUCAACUCACAUGCUCGGACAAUGAUGCGACGUCUCCAAAUAUGGAUGUUGCGACGUACAACAUUCAGUCAGGAAACACAAACGGUGAUUUUGCCGUGUCUGCCUCUGGUGAAGUGACCACUGUAAACGCUCUUAACAGGGAAUUAGUAGCCAGUUAUUCUAUUGUUAUAGAAGCAAUUGAUAGUGGAACUUCUCCACUCACAACAACAACAACGCUUCAAGUAACUGUCACAGAUAUAAAUGAUAAUGCGCCAACAUUUGGUCUUGAUCCUUAUCACUUUACAUCAUCGGAAGAUGUAAUUGUUGGUACAGUAGUGGGAACAGUUGCUGCAACUGAUACAGAUAGUGAAGAUUCAGGAACAAUUACCUAUGUUUUAACACUUGGGAACGUCGACAGCGCAUUUGAUUUAGAUAGUGCCAGCGGGGAUAUAAAAACGAUUGUAGCUCUUGACUUUGAAACAGCAGCCGCAAACCCGUAUGUUUUAGUCAUUGAAGGUAGAGAUAAUGAUGGAACAGCUCCACUUACCAGUACAACCACUGUUUCUCUAACAAUAACAGAUGUAAACGAUAAUUCACCUUUAUGUUCACCCGUGCUACAAUCCUUUCAGUAUGGAGAAAACAUUGCUGGGUCAACCACAAUAGCUUCAUUAACAUGUUCAGAUGCUGAUGACGGUGUUAAUGGUGAUAUAUCUUAUUCAAUGGUGUCAGUAAAUGGUGACACCUCUAACACCCUUUUUGCAAUAGAUGCCUCUGGAGUUAUUACAACAGCAGCAGGCACAGCACUCGACUACGAAACGACUGCCUCGUAUACUUUGUUACUACAGGCAGCUGAUGGAGGUACACCUUCUUUGUCAUUCACGACAACAGUGAAACUGGGCAUAACCGAUGUGAACGAAGCUGCUCCUGUCUUUCAAGGUACUCCAUAUUCCACAAACGUUGCAGAAACCACACCAGUGGGAAAUUCUGUUUACUCUAUUGCAGCCACUGAUGCUGAUAAUACCAAUACAGUGUCUUACGCUAUCAAUCCAUCAAACAUGUAUUUUGAAAUUGAUUCAUCUUCCGGAGACAUUUACACCAUUGCAGAAAUUGAUUAUGAUGCUCUGGCACCAUCAGUAACUAUAACGCUUACUGUCGUAGCAACUGAUAACGGUAGCCCAGUGGUACAGAGUACGACUGAAACUGUAACAAUUACAAUUACAGACGCAAACGAUGGAACGCCAACUUUUAAUCCUGGUGUUUAUAGCGGGUCUGUAUCUGAAACAGCUGUAGUUGAAACCACAGUGACUACAGUUACUGCCACAGAUAUUGACAGUGCUGACACAUCACUGACUUUAUCAUUUGCAAGUGGUAAUAGUGACAAUAUUUUCCGUGUAGACGCUAACGGUGAAGUAGUUAUAAAUGACGUGACAAAUCUAGAUUAUGAUGUAGGGGCACGUAAUUACAUUUUAGUUGUUCAAGCUGUGGACACUGCUAGUAAUACAGGUACAGCUUCAAUAGCGAUAGAGAUUACAAACGUAAAUGAGGCUACACCAACUCUUACGGCAAUUUCAAAUACAGUUAGUGUCACAGAAGAAUCAGCUAGUGGAACGUCCGUUGACGUAGUAAAUGCUACGGACACCGACCAUGGUGUAGAUGGAGAAAUCAUAUACAGCAUUUCCAGUGUCACAAAUAGCGGUGCUGCAUUGUUCACAGUUGAUCCUACGUCUGGUGUAAUCUCAACCAGUGGCACUCUGGACAGAGAAUCGCAAAAUGUUUUUGAACUGACGAUUCUUGCUACAGAUAAAGGAACAAAUCCAAGUGCAUUAAGUGCAACAUAUUCCCUCACUGUUUCUGUGACGGACGUCAAUGACAUAACGCCAAGUUGUAGUCAAUCUGUUUACCAUGCAACAGUAGGUGAAGAUGCCACACUGAUGACGUCUGUUUCUCAAAUUACAUGCACGGAUUCAGACGCUGAGUCUCCGAACAAUGUUAUAAGUACAUUCACAAUAACAAGUGGUAAUACAGGAACCAUGUUCGCUAUUCUCGGAAGUGGUCAGGUAAACUUAAUGGGGACACUAGAUAGAGAGACACUAGAUAACUACCAACUCGUUAUUGAAGUGGAUGAUGAUGGAACGCCAGCUUUGACGACUACAGUAACGUUAACAAUCACAGUAGAAGAUGCCAAUGAUAAUGACCCUGUAUUCGGGUCCGGAACAUACAACGCUAACCAAGAUGAAGAUAUUGCCGUAGGAACAACUGUAAUUACUGUAGCAGCAACAGAUGCUGAUAUUGGAGUUAAUGGAAAGAUUGUUUAUAGCAUUGCAAGCGGUGACACCGACUCGAAGUUCACAAUUGAUGGGUCGUCCGGUGAGUUAAUAUUAACAGAUGAACUUGAUUUUGAGACUGCUUCAUCCAAUCCAUACACUCUGGUUAUAAAUGCUGUCGACAGCAACGCUGUUUCUCCGAGAACAGGAUCUGCCAAUGUGAUAUUUACUAUACUUGACAAGAACGACAAUGCCCCAACUUGUUCACCUUUGGUUAAUUCGGUUUCAAUUGACGAGGAAGCAACAACCUUACCGACAACGUUAUUAACGCUUAAUUGUAAUGAUGCCGAUGCAACGACAAAUGCAAUUUUAACGUAUACAUUAACUACCGUCAAUGGAGCAACUGGUACUACGUUAUUCACUGUUGACACAUCCGGUGCUGUAAGAGCUGCUAAUGCAUUAGACUAUGAAACAACCUUACAACAUACAAUCCUGAUAGAAGUUUCGGAUGGCGGUACUCCGUCUUUAACCGUCACAGCAACAGUUAAUGUGGCGGUGACAAAUGUAAAUGAUAAUAGCCCGGUUUUCACUGGUACACCAUAUUCUACUAAUCUGGCGGAAAAUGAAGUUGUUGGAACCACGGUCUUUCAAGUUGCAGCUUCAGAUGCUGAUACAUCUGAUUCCAUCUCAUUUUCAUUAAACCCUACGAUGCCAAACUUUGACAUUGACCCAAACACAGGAGAAGUUAUUCUGAAAGCCAAUGUUGACUAUGAAUCUGGUUCAAAUACUUAUGAAGUCAUAGUUGUUGCAACAGAUGAUGGAACAAAUCCUAGUGAAAAUAGCGCUUCAGCAACUGUUACCAUUACUGUUACGAACUUCAAUGACGGAACACCAGAAUUUGAUCCCGGUGUUUAUGCGGUAUCACUGUCAGAAAAUGAAGCAAAUGGUUUUACUGUCUUGACAGUAACUGUUGUAGAUGCUGAUGAUUCUUCAUUUACUUACAACAUUGACAGUGGUAACGGCGACAACAUUUUUGGCAUUUCUGGAACCACUGGAAACGCUGAUAUUACUAUUGUUGACAGCACCAAUCUAGAUUACGAAACAACUAAGACUUAUAGCUUAAUUAUAAGGGCUACAGACUCGGGGUCUCUUUUUGGUACUGCGACAGUCGAAAUUGAAAUAACUGGGUAUAACGAGCACACACCUGUUUUGUCAUCAUCAGCUUCAACACAGACUAUUGCUGAAAAUUCUGCAACAGGAUUAACUGUAGUUGAUAUAGACGCAACGGACGCUGACGAUGGUUUGGAUGGUGUGAUUAGAUAUUCAAUUGUUUCUGGUGCAAAUGGAAAAUUCGCAAUUAAUCCAUCAAGCGGUGUAGUUACUGUCAGCGGAGCACUAGAUAUGGAAGGAACAAACACAUACACUGUUGUGAUACAUGCUGUUGACAGUGGACAAUCUCCAGGUGCAUUAACCUCCAUAUAUACACUUACUGUUUCGUUAUCAGAUGUUAAUGACUAUGAACCAUCCUGCUCCAGUUCGCUUUAUAGUUCAAGUAUUGCUGAAAACUCUGCCAUCGGUGUGACCGUUAUACAAUUAACAUGUACCGACGCUGACUCAAAUUCACCAAACAAUGUUAUUUCAUCAUAUGUUAUUACAAGUGGAAAUGCAGGAGGCGAAUUCUUGAUUUCGACUAGCGGAGAAAUUACUACAACAGUAGUGUUUGACAGGGAAACUACAGAUAACUAUUUACUAGAAAUUGUUGUCACUGACAGCGGCACAACUCCAUCAGCCAUGUCCACUACUACAACACUAACCAUUACUAUAACAGAUGUAAACGAUAACGAUCCAACGUUUACUUUAGAUCCAUACAAUUUUAACCAAAAUGAGAACAUUCCUUUAGCUACGAUUGUCGGAACAGUUGCUGCAACUGAUGCGGAUACAGGAUUGGCUGGCUCAAUUUCGUACAGCAUUUUCAGUGGGAAUGGUGACGGUAAGUUUGCUAUAGAUAAGACAUUAGGAGAAGUAAAACUUGUAGCAUCUCUGGACUAUGAAACAACUACAUCAUAUACAUUAGAAGUGCAUGCAGUUGACAAGGAAGCAACGUUUCGCACAGGUACGACUACCAUAUCUUUUACCGUAAACGAUAUCAAUGACAAUGAGCCGAUUUGUACAGCAGCUCUAUUCACAGGCUCAGUAAAUGAAGAUGCAGCAUCUGGAACUUCAGUGGUAACAGUAGCUUGCUCUGAUGGAGAUACGACUGUUGGCAACGUUCUGACGUAUUCCAUUACUUCUGGACACACUGAAUUCACAGUAGAUUCUAAUUCUGGUGUUGUGUCCACAAAUGCAAAUUUGGACAUUGAAACAACAGCAACGUUUGACUUAACCGUUCAAGCCUCUGAUGGAAUGCAUACCAAUGAUGUUAUAGUUAGAGUGACACUUGUAGAUGUGAAUGAUAACACUCCUGCUUACAACCCGACAGGACCUUAUACUGUCACCAUAAACGAGAACAUAGCAAUAGGGAGCACAGUUUAUGACAUUAAUGCUACAGAUUCCGAUGUAUCAGGCACUACAUUUAUAUAUACAAUAACAGGUGGUAAUGCUGAUGGAAAAUUCAGAAUUGGAACGUCAAGUGGUAUAAUUCAGACACAAUCAGAUAUUGACAGAGAUAAUCCGUUGGUUACAUCAUAUACCCUUAACAUCGAGGUUGCUGAUGGAACAACGUCUGCAUUAACAGCAACAACAAGUAUAGUUAUAACAAUCAAUGAUGAGAAUGACAAUCAUCCUAAUUGCGAUGCUUCAAGUUUUACUGCUACUUAUGCGGAAAACACGACACCUGGAACGACAAUAUUUUCUCCUAUCUGCUCUGAUCUUGACAUUGUUGCAUCACCUACUCUUUUAUACAGUAUUGCUAGCGGAAAUAGCGAAAACAAAUUUUUGAUAAACACCGGCACAGGUGCCGUUUCGCUCCAGGCAGCACUGGAAUAUGAAACAACAACAAGCUAUACCUUAACUGUUCAAGUAGAUGACCAAGGAGCACCAAAUCUAGUCACAAGCCUUACCAUGAUAAUUUACGUCGAUCCGGUAAAUGAAAACACACCAGUCUUUCAAAGUACACCUUAUGAUACUUCUAUAGACGAGGAUGAAAGUUUUGGUUAUCAAGUAGUAAGAAUUUCGGCUACUGAUGCUGACACUGGAUCAACCCAUGGGGACGUUAGGUAUGAAAUCAAAACUGGAAAUUCGGCUGGUCUUUUUUCAAUUGAUUCCUCCACCGGAUGGAUUACAGUGGCUGGGCCUCUUGAUCGGGAAAACACUGCGUCAUUUUCACUGACUGUUGCUGCUAGUGACAUGAUAAGCGGCGAUGCUGCAAUGAAAUCAGCCGAAGAAACGUUCGUUAUAACAAUAAACGAUGUAAAUGACAACUAUCCAACAAUCAACCCAUCAUCUUAUGCUAUAACUGUAAACGAGAAUGCAGCAUCCGCAGCAAGUCUUGUUCAGGUAUUAGCCACAGAUGAUGAUGCAGGGACAGCUGGAACAGCCGGUCUUCAGUAUUCUAUCACUAGUGGCAAUACUGGGAAUCCAUUUGGUAUCGGUGGUAGUACCGGUUGGAUAACACUUGACGGUAAUGUUGAUGCAAAUACUCAGUCAAUAUAUAUUCUUACCGUGAACGUGCAGGAUCAAGGAACACCCGUCUUAAGUUCUUUAACAAUAGUAACUAUUCAAGUCGUUGCUAUAAAUGAACAUGCACCAACGUUUACACAAACAAUGGUUUCAGUUUCACUAUCAGAAGCAGAGACCGUCGGUAAUAGUAUAUAUGUUGCAGCAGCCUCAGAUUCCGAUACCGGAGACUUUGCAGUUUUACGUUAUUAUAUGAUUUCUGGAAAUACAAAUAACGCAUUUUCUGUAGAUCUUUUUGAUGGUACUGUACGAGUCGCUACUGCUUUAGAUUUUGAAACGACUCCUCAAUAUACAUUGGUAAUAGAAGUCCAAGACACUGAACAACAAAGCACAGCAGAUACACGAACUGCUACGAUGACUUUAACAAUCGAUAUUACAGACGAAAACGACGAAACGCCUACUUUUACUUCAAAUACAUACUCUACUAACGUUAAUGAAAAUGUUGCAACGUCAUCAUCAGUUUUAACUGUGAUAGCCACGGACAGUGAUUCUGGCAGUAAUGGGGCCAUAACAUAUUCCAUAGUAUCGGGAACAGGGGCAGGUAUAUUUUCUAUAGAUGGAUCUUCCGGGAUCAUAACAACAAACGCAGUCAUUGAUUAUGAAACUCUUAUCUCAUAUGAUCUAGUAAUUAAAGCGGAAGAUGGGGCAACAGUAACAAAACUGUCCUCUACUUGUGUAGUGAAAAUAACGGUGAUUGAUUUGAAUGAUAAUACGCCAGUUUUUCAAGCUGCCAACGUCGCUACUUCAAUAUUGGAAUCAACUGCUGUUGGGACAACUGUUGCGACGGCUAUUGCAACAGAUGCAGAUUCCACUGCCAACAAUAAUAAUGUAAUCAUUUAUACAUUUUCACCAAUAUCAAACAAGUUUGCCAUUGACGGUGCUAGUGGAGCAAUAACUGUUACAAAUGCCAUUGACAGAGAAAACACAGCUAGUUACACAUUAACCAUCUUGGCUACAGAUCAAGGCGCAACACCGUCCCAGAACACCGGAACCGCUACGUAUACUAUUGUGAUAACUGAUGUAAAUGACAAUCCACCAGUGGUAGCGGGAACAUAUGAUUCAACUAUAGCUGAAAACACUGCUAUAAACACUAUUGUUUUUAAUUUAACUGUGACUGAUGACGACGAAAAUGAAAACAGUGUCUUAACUUACACUUUAACUAACGGCAAUACCGAUAAUGAUUUCUAUAUUGAUAGUAGCUCAGGACUUAUUCAAGUUAUGAAUACGUUAGAUCGAGAAAGGACUGACCAGUAUAUGUUAGAAGUAUCAAUUGCUGAUAAUGGAACUCCAGCACUAAGCACAACAGUAACUGCUUCCGUAACUAUAAGUGAUAUUAAUGAUAACUACCCAAUAUUUCAACCCGAUCCCACUACUACGUAUUUCUUCAAUGUAUCUGAGCAAGUUCCGUCUGGAACCUCUGUAAAUAGCGUGAGUGCAACUGACCUUGACACAGGUGUUAAUGGAGCCGUUAUAUAUGUUAUUGCAUACUUCACACAAGGAGAUAACUCUCAUUUUGUCCUGGAUACGUCAACUGGCGAAAUAAGUACAGCAGCAAGUCUUGACCGAGAAACGCAAUCAAUGUAUGUCUUUGUUGUCCGCGCGUCAGAUGGUGGUUCAAAUACUUUGACUGCCACAGCGACGGUUUCAAUAACAAUAACAGAUUACAAUGAUAAUAUACCAUCUUUCAGUCAGACAUUAUAUACUGCCACAACAACAGAAAACCAACCUGCUGGAUCUAGCAUCGUAACAGUGGUUAUAACUGAUUUAGAUGCUGGUGUAAACGAAAAUAUCGUGCUUUCUAUUUCAGACUCUACAGCAAAUAUAUACAUUGAACCUAAUUCUACAGACUUUGUUCUCUAUGUAAAGUCACCUAUAGAUAGAGAAACAUAUCAAAAUAUAAAUUUUGUGCUAACCGCGACGGACCAGGGUACUCCGCCAUUGUCAUUUACAACAUCAGUAGAGAUUACAAUAGGAGACGAAAAUGACAACAAUCCAGUGUUUUCACCUACGUUUUAUAAUUCUGAAAUAGCAUACAACGACGAUUGCCAAGUCACAAUUACAACAGUUACAGCUACUGAUUUAGAUGAUGGAGUAAAUGCCGAUAUCACUUAUUCUGUGACAACAAAUAAUAACCCUCACUUAUUCUCCCUGGAUUCAUCUUCAGGCGCUAUAACUUUGGUUGCAAAUGCGCCUGCUGGUGUCGGUUACAGGAUGUAUGCAGCAGCUUCCGAUGGUGGAAGUCCAUCAUUGGUAUCGGCAACAGGAGCAACUAUAAGGAUUGACACAUAUGAUCCUUCCGCUGUUGUGCUAAAUUACUACAUGGACAUUAGUAAAAGCACAUAUCUUGGCAUGGAGUCAACUUUCCUUAGCCAACUCACCACUGUUUACCAAAUAACAUAUGCACAAUCUCUCGCAAAACGAUGGUGUGUAAUUGAAGAUUCGACAACGUCUUGUAUUGUACGUGUGUAUGUUAUAAAGAAUGAUGAUGCUACUGAUGACCAGGCUGAGUUAAACACUGACAAAGAGUUUCUAACCAUGGACGAAGCAUACGCUAUAACAGCCUCUGAUGAUGCUGGUACUCCUGCUGGCGUAAUUUCAGGAAUUAGCUGGACUUCGUUCGUGAUAACACGGGUUGAAAAAUUCCAGCCCGACUCGACAGAGGAGGAAUCUGAACCCUGGAUAAAAACCACACCUGGUAUUGUGACAGUGUCAGUUGUAGCCGCUGCAGUGUUCGCACUGGUAGUUAUUGCGAUAGCCUGUCUAUGUUAUACUUGGCGACAUCCGUCAGGAGGUCGACAUAGUAACCGUGUGGAAGUUGGUGAAAGUGACGAGGGCGAUAAGGUGGCCAAGAAUCAAUAUCAUCACAAAAAUAACAUGAUAUUCACUGACAAAGAGCCAAAACCAUUUGAUAAAUCACAUUUACCUCCACCCGUAGUUGCAUUACCGAUGCCUUCAGCUACAAAGAAAGUUCCCUUUCAAGUAGGCAACAAAUCGGUUGAUAGACCAAAAGAUGUCAACCUCUUUAGUCCGGAAAUGGAUGGUCCGACACUUGUUAAGAAACCGGAAAAGCUCCGUGCAAGUAGCCCAGUGCCAACAGAGACUUCUCAACCACCUCGUCGAUUAGCACCGGUUCGGCCCCCAGCUUCGAGGCCGCCCCGUCCCGAAGUAACGGCUAAAGACGGACCCGAUUUGCCUACAGAUAGCGCAAAUUAUAUGGUGAUAAACAGAGAAUUUGAUGGUCGUGCAAUUGAUCCAACAACAAAUAAUGUGUAUGAAUACAACACAAGAACUGGCGAGCGUCGUUGGGUAAAGACACCUGAAGGACAAAGGGUUAAAUUGACCAGAGACAAUUAGUUUAGAUGAUAGUAGAAAAAAAACUUUUUCAUAAUAGAAAUCGCAGUCAUCAAUCAUAUCAAUACAUUUUGCUCCCCUUCUAAAGUUUUGUAACAUUAAUGCAUUCUUCAGUACCAAAUGCCUAUAACAGAGGGUCUUAGCUUAUACUAUCGAAUGCAGUUUGUCAGUAUGCAAAUGGAGUUCAAAAUCUUGACAUAAGAAUACAAAGUAUACAUUGCAUAUACAUAUAUGCAGAUGAUGAAUCCGGUGUUUAUUUUAAUAGUAUAAUUAAUGUUGGGUGAUUAUUUCCUAGAAAAAUUCAUUACAUACCAUAUGUAAUGAAUGUACCUGCGGCCUUUAUGAAGUGAUAAAUAGUUUGAAUAUGCCCAAAAAUCGAUUUUACAUGCAUAUUAAUCAUGACGCAAUACUGUAUUGUAAUGAAAAUAAAAAGAAACGUGAUUUGAUAAGAAAGAAAAGUCUCAUUAGAUUUUAAAACCAGUAUCUGUUUUCUGAUUUUACGU